AUGUCAUUGACUGCGAACAGACCUGAACUUUAUGAGGAGGUAAAGCUUUAUAAAAGCGGACGAGAACGAGAAAAGUAUGACAAUUUAGCUGAUUUUUUUGCAGUUAUCAAUACUUUGCAGGCAUUAGAGAAAGCUUAUAUCAAGGAUGCAGUCACACCAAAAGAAUACACUGCUGCUUGUUCCAAAUUGUAGCUUGUUUAAUACAAAGCAGCAUUCAAACAAGUUCAAAAUAUGAUGUAUUUGGGAAAUGAUCAGAUAUGGAAUUUUCAUAAUAUUGAUUCCAAUAACCCAUAUUUAAUUGUUUUCGCAAAACUAAAUCACGCAUGCGAUGUUUUUAGAGCAGAUAAUUUUUUGGAUUGUCCGGCAGCCUUAGAAAGAAUCAAAGAAGAUCGGCCUAUAACAAUAAAGAAUGACAAAGGAAACACAAGCAAGUGUAUUGCUGACAUUGUUAUGCUUUUUAUAACCAUAAUGGAUAAACUGCGUUUGCAAAUAAGAGCAACAGACGAGAUCCACCCAGACUUAAGGGAUUUGAUGGAUACUAUGAACAGUUUAAGUAAGCUUGCUGAGCAUUUUGAAGGCAAAGUAAAAGUGAAAUCCUUGCUUGACACAAUGGGUCAAAUGAAACCUAGCGACGAGCUAUCAGAAGAUCAAGCAAGACAAAUGUUGUUUGAUUUAGAAACGGCCUAUAAUGCUUUCAACAAAUCGUUACAUUAA